AAGACUGCUUCAAUAUCCUCUCGCAGUCGUCAUUGUAUCAUUCUCGCUCUCAGUCUUGCUGGCCGCUUGAGACCACUUCAAUCACUGUCAAAAGCAGCCAGCAAACGAGCCAUCUCACUUGUCGUCAUUGACCGUCAUCGUCUGAACAUCCCCCCGCACCACACUUGCAUAUUUGCUUGACCAUAACGGCGAUAUCCCGUUCAUUUUUCUCUCUAAAGCAAUCAUGGCCGAUAAUGCCUCUCAAGAGGACCCUCUGGUCGCAGCCUUGCCACCUGCCACUGACUACGUGACUUACUUGACGGUGUUGGAGUACCAUUUGACACCUGAGAAACUACCAACCUUGAACAAAUUUCUCACCGAAGAUGACGGUAAACUGGCAGAGGAAAUCGGCUGGGAUCUAUUGAGGCUCGUUCUCCCCAUGCUAGGCUCAGCCCCAGCCGACGCCAACCACUGCCUUGAAAUCAUAGCUCGCAGGGGCAACCCGAGAGAAGUUGCUGUCCGCGUGGCUGAAGAACUGGAAAAGUUAGGUGACGAUGCUGAAGAGGAUGGUGUGGGCGAAGACGUGGAAGAAAACGACUUGCCCACGUUCAGUGGCGAAGCACCUCGUGUGCAUCUGGGAAGUAUGAAGCUCGACGGCAUGCCUGAGACAGCUCAAACGCCAAGGGACGAGCCGGAGCCAGAGGCGAAGCCCGAGCCCGAGGAAGCGGAGGAGAAGAAAGUAGCACCCAUGGACAAAGCCUUGAGACUACAGGCUCUAUUCAAUAUGCUGGGCGUCGUUCAUCCUAGAAUCAAGACGCAUUAUCCCAGUCGCUUUCUUGCCACCUCACUUCCUCCUGCCUUGGGGGCCUACAGACACAUACCGAUCACGAUUGAAACGACCACCACUUUCCUGACGAUGCUAGAAAAUCUCUCUGGAAAGAAAAGACCUCCUCUGCCACCGCGAACCGGCACUGCCGACGACCCUGCCGGAGGUGCUGACGCGACGAGAGAACAGAACAAAGGCAUCACAGCCACACCUGCCUCUCUACCUGAUCCAGAAGCCAAAGGAGAACAGGAGGGAGAAGGCGGCAAGAUUCCAUCUGCAGAAGAAAAGGCCAUCAUCUUUCGUCUACUGAAUGCUGUCAACCUGGAAGUCCUCGAUGAAUACCUUUCAUCCCUCGGAUCUGCUGAACAUCCAUCCAUGUCGUGGGCCGCGCGGCUGAGAGAGACGUUCGAACCCAAAAGAGUGCUGUUGACCCGUCCGAGCGAAACUCGGGUCUGGAAAGACACACCGGAGCUCCAAGAACGCGAUGCACUCCUUGCUCGGUUCCACAAAUUGGCCGGAGAACUAGACCUCUACGCCAGCCAAGAGGUGACGAAACUAGUCGACGACGAAGACGACGCAGAUGGUUCUGAAGAGGACAAGGAAGAGCCCUCGGAAUAUCCCACCUCGCCUGCUCAGAUUCCGUUCCCCAGAAACGGCGUCAUCUUCCUCUUUGCAUACGAAACCUUUUCCAAACCGAUCGACGCACCACUCACCCUCUCGACCAGCGACCUGACCAAACUUAUUGCGCACGCCUUCCCGCUCAGCGCCACGCCGAACAUCCCGCCCCCCGCUCUCCUAGACGCAUUGCUCUCCCUCCUCUACCGACACGCCGUUCCACACUCUUCACCAAACCCGACCCCACACCCGCCCCCGUCGCCAGCCAAAUUCCUCUUGCUCCUGAGCACCCUGACCCAACUCUUCACCAUCACGCCCUGGUCCGCGCUGCGCGAUUCCGCGCACUACAUCGCCUCGAAGCUCCUCCACGCGUACCCGGACCCGGACGUGCGUCUACAGAUCAUCACGCAGACCCUCCGCCGAGAAACCCUGAGCACCAACUGGGCCGAGACGUUCGAGGAGGACCCGGACGCCCAACCGGGCAUCGACGAAGGGACGGGCCUGACGCGGAGCACGUCGGCCCUCCAACCUCACCCGAUCCCACUCUGCCCGCCUCAACAGAACGGUGCACUCAAGGCCGUGGGCGUGGACUGGCUCAAGGACGAAUUCGCCGCACACAUCUACGGAGGCUCGGGAACCAACGGCGGCGGCGGCGGCGGCGCUGGUGGAAUGGACACUUCGAUCCUCACUUCCCUCGACGGCGAAGGCCGCACCUACGACCCCAAGACCGAAGCCCUCCUGGACCUCCUCUUCCCCGAACGGAUCCCACCCCCGGACUCCCCCGAGGCCACGGACGAGUCGCUCACGGACUUCCUGACCGAGACGCCCUUCUACAUCGCGACCCUGAACAUGCUGUGCGUCAUCCUCCCUCACGUCCACGCCGCGCUCGACCUCAACAUGCGAGCCGCCGCGUACGUCGAGAGCCUGGCCGUCCCGUCGAGGGACCUGCACGAGCUGCUCCAGUACUUCGCCAAGCAGGGCGGGCCCAGCGAGGUCCUCGAGGCGAGCCGAGCCGACCUCUGCGCCCUCAGGGACGCAAACGCUCGUGCCGUCAAGGCGUUGGAAACAACCACCGAGGCGCCUUGACGGAGAAGGUGCUGCUCUCGGAGGGAAUUUGGCCUGGCUUGUUUGACGUUCGCCGGAGAACACAUUGACACGAGAGAAAUACGCCCUUCGUUGACGGUCAGAAAGCAGGCCGAGGGUCCCGCUUCUCUGAAGGUAGGACCAGGUAGGAUAGGAUGUACGUUGUCGUUGAUGCAUCACGAAAAAGUCACCAAAGUUUCCACACGACGACGUAUUGCGGGAGGGGGAAAUGACGGAGUGUGUCGAAAGAAAGGCCCGAGAGAAGAAAGGAAAAAAACACCACCAUCAGACAUCCUCACACUCACUUGUUCUGGACCAGCACUGGCCUUGUAACGUUACAAGUCGUAUUCAUGGUCCAUCCGAACGCUAGAUUGUCUUACCGAGUAGAGAACAAAAAAAACUAUAUUGUCCCAACAUCAUUUUCCGUGAGCCAAGCGGGGACAGGGACAGGGACAGGCGGUCAUGGUUGAGAUUUGCAACCUGGACAGAAUGAAAUGAUGAGGUGAUACCAAAAACAAGAAAAAUUAUUCCAAGCGAUACGUAUAUACUCUGCUCUCAUUAUGACGGGACCAAAAAAAAAACUCACGACGAAGCAAGGCUCUAAGCAUGUCAACAACUUUUUAGCAUUUAAGUAAAGGAUUUUCCGGAAUAUUUCAUAUUUGGUGUGGUCAUUUCUAAUAAAACUCAAGGUAUAUAUAUAUGCAUGCGAGUGUGUGCCAUUGAACGAAAAAAAAAACUCCGUCAAUCAUCGACAACCCUAUACAAAUAGAAAUGGUAUCAGGCUUCCAGCCAACGACACAAGAGCAAAGUUCAAACAUCCUGAAAGCCUUG